AUGGUGCACUUCAGCGCCAUCCUCCCUUCUUUCUCCGGCAAAGUCAUAGCCGCUGGACACCUACGGCUGCAACUUCUCGAGCCUCUGGGACAUGGCGCCUACGGCGUCGUAUACCGCGCACUUGACCUCAACUCAUCCCUUGCUGCACCUGCCUACUUCGCGGUGAAAUGCCUGCUCAGGCAUCCCGAGGACUCCGAGUACUUCUGCCUUCAGCAACGCGAGAUCGCCUAUCACAAGGCGGUCUGCAGUCACCCGAACGUCUUGAAGCUUCAUCAAGUCAUCGAGGAGACGGACUUCAUUUUCCUUCUGCUCGACUACUGCCCUGGCGGCGACUUGUUCAGCGCCAUCAUCGAUCACGGCGUCUUCAAAAAGCGAGACGAUCGUGUCAAACACAUUUUCCUCCAAAUUCUGGACGCUGUCCACCACUGCCACCACCUCGACGAGGUCUUCGUCUCUGAUUUCGGGCUCGCGACAACCACCCGCGUCAGCUCCGCAUUCGGAUGCGGAAGCUCUUUCUACAUUAGCCCAGAAUGCAUCGGCCGUGCCUCUCGAGGGAUACCAUUCCUCAACGCCGUCUCCGACAUCUGGUCACUCGGCGUCAUCCUCACCAACAUGAUCACUGGGCGCAACCCGUGGACCAUCGCGUGCGCACUCGAGGACCCCGCCUUCAUCGCAUACUCCCGAGAUCCCGACGGCUACAUUCGCCGCAUGCUCCCCAUGUCCCCCGCCGCACGUCGCAUCCUCCUCCGCAUCUUCACCCAGGACCCCUGUGAUCGCAUCACCCUCCCCGAGCUGCGCACCGCCAUCCUCGACGCCGACACCUUCUUCCUGAACGAGGAAGAGGAGCUCGUUUUCGAGCUCGAGCACCAGCUCACCAAGGUCGACUCCGUCGACAUCACGGACGUUGUCCUCCAAGACCGUCCGGAAUCGAGCGAGAGCGACCUCGAGCUCGUCGAGAUCAGGCCCCUCCCCACCCCGCCGCUGCCCGAGGCCGACACAGAUGCGUCGGUCCGGGCAAUAUUCACGCCUUCUUCACGCCCUCCGUGCAUCCCGAUCAGUUCGGACGACCGAGGGCCGGUCACCCCUGAGCAAUACGCGGUCAUCGCGGAUACGGUGUCCAUUCCAGAGCUGCACCUUCCACUAUCCAAGGUGGCCGCGCCCGAGCUGUUCGGACCUGUGGACACCGAGUCAGACAUCACUGACGGCGAGCUCGCGGUGCACACACUGCGGAAACGGAAAGUGGCGAAGUCCUGGGGGGAUCGGGUGGUCGGUGCGGUGCACAAGAUUCGCAUUCUGGGGCAAUGA